AUGGUCAACUUCAACCUCGCACACACAUCGCGCAUCAAUCCUCCCGGCGCGGCACCCGUCCUCACGCAACCCCAACUCUGGGCAGGCCUCCAGCGCAAAAUCCGGUUUGCACAGGAAUUCGUGCCGGUGAUUGAGAGUUGCACGGUGCUCGAGGAAAGCGCCGAUGGAGUGGUGACGCGGCAUGUUGUGUUUAAAAAGGGCAUGGGACCCAAGGAUACAGCGAGGGAGGUUGUGAGGGGAUUUUGGCCAACUUGGGUUGAUUUCGAACAAGAAGAUGGAUCGCAUGUUCGCAAUAUUAUUUCAGAUGGUGCGUCUGGGGGUGUCGAGGAUUUGCACAUGACGUAUGUGUUUGAGUUUCGGUUGCCUAAUGUGCAGGAGGGGACGGAGGAGGCGGAGAAGGAGUUGGCGAGGCUUAAGGGGAUGGCGAAGAAGGCGGUGGAUUCGAGUAUUGAUGCUAUUAGGGAGAUGGUGAAGGAUGGUAGGAUUAAGGAGUGA